UUUUUGAAUUUGAAUUGAAUUGAAAACUGACCGUUUAACUUGACAAACAGUAAAGCAAAGUUUUAUGUUUUAAAAAUCGCUAUAAUUUUGUGUUUUCUAAUAAAAAGAUGUCAAAAAUUCCAAAAUUGCCUAUAUCUACAAAAGAAAACAGACCUACCAUUCUGAAUGGUAGACCCACAUCCAGAAUUUUGGCAAAGACACUAAGUGAUACAGAUAAGAAACUUUUAAUAUUAAAUCAUACAAAGCCCAUUGGGAGAAAUGGGGUGACUACAACACUGCCAGCUCCACGGGUGAAGAGAGCUGCCUCAGUACCAGUUGCCGCUGCAGGACCUUCUGCUAAAACGACUAGUAAAACAAAUCUAAACCCAAAGAUUCCACCGUACGAUUACAAGGCUAGAUUUCAAGAUUUACUGGAAAAACAUAAAGUUCUUAAGUCAGAAUAUAGUGAUUUAAAAGAAAAGCAUGGAGAGACAAAUGAAGACUAUGAAAAAGUUAAAGAUGCUUUACAAAGUACAAAUACAGAAAAAGACAUUAUGAGAGAAAAAUUACUUAACACUAUUAAAGAUUUGAAAGAAAAAUCUUCAGAACUGCAAAAUCUAAAAAUAGAUUAUGACAUUACAAAACAUGCUUAUGAAGAACUACAAAAUAAAAUUAAAAUUUUAAGUGAAGUUGCAAAUAAUCUAAAGCAAAAAUCAUUGGAAUUUGACCACUUGGACAAACAAUAUAAUGAUUUAUCCGAACGCCAUAAAAGCUUGCAAGAAGAGACAGAUGCAUUACAGAAUAUACUAGCCCUUAUGUAUAAGGACCAAAGAAUUUUAAGAAACACUGUUCAAGAUCUGAAAGGAAAUAUUCGAGUUUACUGCAGGAUAAGGCCUCCGCUAGAAUCAGAGAAAACUAAACCACUGUUUUGCCUAAAUGUACUAGAUGCUUGUUCUAUAGAGGUUGAGAAAACUGAGUUGUUAAGUUCAGCUAAAAAAGGCAAAUCCCAGCAUUCAUUUACAUUUGAUGGUAUUUUUACACCACAUGCUACUCAAGAAGAUGUUUUCACUCAAGUGUCCUCGAUGAUACAAUCAGCACUGGAUGGUUACAAUGUAUGUAUAUUUGCCUAUGGCCAAACUGGUUCAGGUAAAACAUACACAAUGGAAGGCAGUUGUGGUAAAGAAAACUAUGGAAUCAUACCUCGCUCCAUUGAUAUGAUAUUCAGCUGUAUGGAAGAUUUGAAGAGAAUGGGCUGGGAAUUAACUGUUAAAGCAAACUUUUUAGAGAUAUACAACGAAGUCAUCUAUGACUUGCUGGAUUCCAAUAAAGAACAAGACAGUCAUGACAUUAAAAUGGUUAAUUCUAAGGGUACUGAUGUCUAUGUAUCCAAUUUAAAGGAAGAGGAAGUUGCAAGCGCUCACGAUUUCAUCAGGCUGUUGAUGUUUGCCCAACGUAACAGACAAACUGCUGCAACAUUGAACAACGAACGAAGCUCCAGGUCACACUCUGUCGCACAAAUUAAGAUAGCAGCUAUCAAUGAAACACGCAAAGAGAAAUUUACGAGCAAUUUAAAUUUGGUGGAUCUGGCGGGAUCAGAGAGUGGGAAAACAACACAGAGAAUGGAUGAAACUAAACAUAUAAAUAGAUCAUUGUCUGAACUCUCGAAAGUAAUACUUUCGUUACAAACUCAUCAAUCUCACAUUCCUUACAGAAAUUCUAAAUUAACCCACCUUUUGAUGCCUAGUCUCGGUGGCAAUUCUAAAACACUUAUGUUGGUCAAUAUCAAUCAAUUUGAUGAAUAUUUCGGCGAGACUUUGAACUCUUUACGAUUUGCUACCAAAGUCAACAGUUGUCGCACCACUAAAGCUAAGAAAAAUCUGACAAUGGUUGAUAACUUUUAAUUUUACAUACUGACCUAUUUUCAUUAUGUUUGAUUUCUUGUUAGUAGUAAUGACAUUUCGUUAAAUGAUGUUGCUUAUUGUAAUUAUAAACAACUUAUAAGUUGACCUGCAUUAACUUAGAUUAGUUCUCAAAAUAUACUUACAAUGGAGGUUUAUUUGUAUUUUUUUAUUAAUUAUGAAUGUCUUUAGGACACGUAGUUUGUAAAUUCUAAUAUGAAAUAUGUUAAGGCACUCCCAAAAACAUUCAGUUUUACUGUUAUUCCACCAAUUAAAUGUAGUUUAGGUAGUAAUCAAUAAAAUAAGGUAAUUGAUAUGGCCCUUAGUCUGGGGAGAAGAAACUAACUCUCAUAGUAAUUGUGGUGGUUGAAUUUUAUAUCCGUUUUUCGAAAAGAAAAAAUUGUAUUUUACGCCAGUUUUUACUUUUGAAAUCUUACUGAGAAACUACUUUGAACACUAGAUAUAUUUGUUUAUGCUAUGUAGGGUAGGGCGCCUGUCAGAAACCACUGGUCGGCUCAUAUAUUGCUUAAACCCUUCCACUUUAGAUAUGAUAAAAAGGACGUAGAAAUCUCGCCCAGGGCGCUAGUAGAGUAAACCGGCUCUAUAUGCAAGAUCAUUAGUAUUUAAAAUCCGCAAUAGCCCACCUGCUGGACAGAAUUAAGGUUUUGACACUAUAUUUUGUUACUGUUUGUUAUUUUUGACAUUGCAUUAGGAUUUAACAUUGACAGUAAAAUGUGUUAAAAGCAAUCGAUGAUCUAAUUCAUUUUUUUAUUAAACAUUUGUUGUAUUAUGAAAACAUAAAAAAAAUGUUUAUAAUUGUAACAUAUUACAGUAUUUCUGUCAUAAAAGAUAUAGUAAAAUAAAAAUUUGGACAUUCGACUCUAAAAAUGGGCUACCACAUGAACAUAAUUGCUCGAUUUUAAUUUAUCUAUGAUUGACGCGUAGUUCUAUUUCUGUAACUCGAGUGUUAUUGUAAUUAUAAUUAUAAUUUUAUUAUAAAGUAGUAUCUUA